GACAUUUUUAAUUUUUUACAGUCAAAAAUCUGAAAAGUGUGGCAUGCCUUUGCAUUCAACCCCUCUGAGUAGAAGCAGCUUUUUGUGUCAAAAGAUAAAAAUUUCCAAAAGAGGAAAAUGUUUCACCUGAAAAUAAUAAAUUUUAAUGAUUUUUUUUUUCUACAAAAUUUCUGUUUUGUUUUUUUCCUGCAAAUGUUCAACUUUUCAAGCUCCAACGUUACACAAAAAUACUGUAAAAUUUCUGAGAUGAAUCUGAACAUUUCUGCGCUGUUUUGGCAGAAAUUUACUCCAUUUUUAUUUCUUCUGUCCAACAUGUCCCUAAUAGGCCGUCGUACUUUCCUGACGUCAUGAAAUCCCAGCAGUUUGCAGGUUUCUAGUUGUGGGAAAAGUUGAACCAGCAUGAAACCGGUGCAGUCUAAUUUAGACUCCAUCCUCCAGACCACAACAGGUGCCUCCACCUGUCUCCCCCCUUCCGCGGCGCGCUGGCCGUGACCCAGAAAGCAGCCGUCAUUCUGCAGAAAUGGUAUGCAGCCCGCUCGGUUCGGUCACCGGAUCGGCGGCAGCUGCUGAGCCCCGUCCCCCCCGGGGCUAUUUUCACCCGCCGGAUAAAGUGCCGCAGCUCGGCGGGAUUCGGCGCAGAGUAGCGGCACGAUGAAGUCCCGCACAGACGACUGCGCCUCCGAGCUGGACACCGACACGGACAGCUCCGAUGGGAAGUCCACGGGCGGCUGCAGUCCGCCCCGGGAGUCCGGGGAGAGACUGGAGGCGGAGGGCGGCUGCCCGGGCGCGGCGCGCCGGCGGCGGCGGCGCAGGAGCGGCGUGGGCAGCGGCAGAGACGCGCGGCUGUCCGGCGUCAGCAAACAGCGGCAGGCGGCGAACGCGCGGGAGCGGGACAGGACGCACAGCGUGAACACGGCCUUCACCGCGCUGCGGACGCUCAUCCCCACCGAGCCCGCGGACCGGAAGCUGUCCAAGAUAGAGACGCUGCGCCUGGCCUCCAGCUACAUCUCCCACCUGGCCAACGUGCUGCUGCUGGGGGAGGACUGCCGGGACGAGCAGCCCUGCCUCCGGUACCAGGACCUGAUCCUGCACGGCCCCGCGCCGCUCAGCGGCCCCUCCCUGCGGCCCAUCUGCACCUUCUGCCUCAGCAACCAGAGGAAACAGCUCAGAGAUGGAGGGAAACACUCCUCUUCAGUGUGAAACGAAGCGGCUCUGGACAAACCCUGAGUCCAUCUGAUGUUUACAGUCUAAACUUUGUAAAUACAUAUUUAUUUUUUUAACAUACUACAGGACAAAAAUGACUUUUUUGAGCGCUUUCUGUCCAGCGUGGUGAGCUGCUGAACCUCAGUGUUUUGACUGAGACGUAACCUGAGCCCGUGAGCGCAGCUGCACCUGACCUGGGGCUAUUUUGGUCCCCACCGAUAGUACAAACUACCCCAUGACCCACCACCACCAAGUGUACCUCCUAAAAACAAGCUGGUCACCUUCAGUGCAGUAGUUGCUGUCAGUUUACUGGUUUCUGCCUUCUGCAGUAAGAAGGCUGUCCAUUACUACUGCCUCUAGUGGUGGACGUCAGUAACUGCAACACUUACAGAACCAGGUAGUGAACUUUAGUCCCCAACAACCAUUGGCUGAAGUUCUCAACAUACUUGAUAAAGCAUUGGACACACUGAUAUUCUACCAAUCAACAAGCUACAAAACCACCAAUUGUAGGAGAAAAUCAAUUGGUUACCUAAAGAGACGGGUUGGUUGGCCUGUUGUGCCUUGCAGGAAGAAGGUUCUGGGUCUUCCUUGUGCCUGAGUGAGUUAUCUACAGGUUCACUGAACAAAAACAUGGCUGCUAGCUUUAAUUGUUGCUCUAAACAAGCAGAGUGUCCAACUGUAGUUCUCCACAGCUACUAUCCAACUUCUCCAACACACCUAUUUCCAAUGAUUGGCUUGUUACUAUUUGGUAUCUGUUUUGCAUUACUGCCAUCUACUGGUAUGGAGUGUCAUUACCAGGUCUUCUUCCUCUUGUGGCAUUUAGUUGGCAAUUCUAAUAUCUACACCAAAUAAUUAAAAAAUGUUAAUUAAAUCCUUCCAACUAAGCCUCUACACAAAACACAAACCUUUCCCUAUAUUUCUAACAAUGUAGAAUAAUGUAUUCGACUGCCUCUUCCCGAUCAAAAACUCAUAAUUUCUUAUUUUUCUCUAUUCAAUAGAGAAAAAUAAGCUGUUCAGUUCAGUGUGUCCAAAACUGAGUUGAUUUUAUUGUAGAUGGAAAGAAGAACCUUCAGUUAUGCCUGCUGAAAAUAAUUCGACUGGGAAGCAAUGUAAUUAAAAAAUUACAUUGUGCUAACAGAAUGAAUGUAUUCAUGUGAAAAAAUGAAUGUGUUCAUGUGAAAGCAAUGGAAGUGAAAAGUUUACACAAAUUAGUCUAUUCUUAACCAAAACGUCAAUGUAGCUAGCUAGUUAGCUACACUGAAGCUAGUGAGUUUUCAAUAUGGCUAGCUAGUUAGCAACACUGAAGCUAGCUACUUUUCACUGCGAUUAGACAGCAGGCAAUGCUGAAGCUAACUAAUUUUUGAGAGGCUAGUUAGCUUUCAUUAUAUCAAACUGGCUGCACUGAAGCUAGCUAGCUUUCAUUAUAUCAAACUGGCUGCACUGAAGCUAGCUAGCUUUCAUUAUAUCAAACUGGCUGCACUGAAGCUAGCUAGCUUUCAUUAUAUCAAACUGGCUGCACUGAAGCUAGCUAGCUUACUAGAUGCAGUGGUAGAUUAAUUGUACAUUUGACUUGUAUGUAAAAGUCAUAUUUUCUGGUUGCAAGUUGGAGAGAUUAAGUAAAAUAUUUUCCAAAGUUGGACAACUAUGAGAGAGAACAUGUUCAAUAUCCAACAUGGCUCCCUCUAGCUAGCAAACAUCUAUUAUUUAAGAAAAGGCAGGUUUAUAACUUUGAUUCUGACUUAUCAGAAACUCAGAUGUUUAUAAAUGUGACAUUUCUAUCGUGGGGAUUUUCUUAACCUGCUUCAAAUAUUUUUAUGAUUAGUCGUAACUUGAUUUUACUGCACACUGUUCAGACAUAUUAACCUAAAGUGUUGAAAAGUUUACUACUGCAAUGCUGCACAGUCACUUUAACAGCACAUGAUGAGCCUUUUGCACUUUCAUGGAGAAUUUAAAAAUGUGAUAUUAAACUCAUGUGGAUCCCUUUGAUAUUUAUAAUACAGCACUAAACUAUUACUGGGAAAUUUUGCUCUCUACCUCAGAUCUGUGUUUUAAAUACGAAGGCCUACCUCUGAUCAAAAUUAGUAACAGGACUGUAACAAAUACUUGAAUGUCAGACACGUCUGUCCUUUGCACAUUGAAUGAAACUGCUUGAAGAAAAAUGUAUUUUUGUACGAAAAAAUAAACUUUAUCAACCUGUCUUUGUACAUUUCUUUCCAAUAGUAAUCUGAAGAUUUUUUGACUAACCGAUCACUAAUCAAUUAGAAAAGUGUUAUCAAUACCACGAUUUUUAAUGUACACUGAUGUUUUACUCAAACACAUCAGGUUUUAUAUUUUAGUAAAACUAUAUAUAGUUUAAAAUAUUUAUUAUAUGCACUUAUUCAUAAAAGAUUUAUUAAAGUGGCAAAGCAAAUUAAGUAAGUGGGAGGAGCCUGUUAGUGGUGGGCGGGGCCUGAUCAGACCAAUCAGAACUGGUUAUAAAUAGCCUGCGGAAACCUUUGUACUUUUAUGAACUUCACAACGUUUGAUAUAUUGCGGUAAAAUACAACAAAAACAGCAAAUAGCGUUUCAAUAAUCUUUAUUUCAUAAAAAAGUCAAAUUGGUUUAUAUCAGAUUAAAGAAAGUAUAAACUGACGAUAAUCAGGUAGCUGGCGAGGCAUUUUACAGGGCGGUUGGGGCGUUUCCUCAGACGCACUGAGCAGAAACAGGGAAAAAAGUGGAAAUAAAAAUAAACUGAGUUUGCCAAAAGAAAAAAAAAAAAAGUAAAAUAAA